UGCGCCCGAGUAUAAAGAAGCUCAAAGAGGCGUGGCCUAAUCUGCUAUGUUAGUAUGCUAACCAUAGUUGUGGUUGUUCCUGUUGACACUUAGCAUCAGAAGCUAACAGUCAGCGAGCUGAGUGUCCGUCGUCACGCGUCCUUGCCGCAGUAGGAUGCGUCCAUCAUGUCUCUCCAGGACAUGCUACAGGAUCGCAUAGGCAUGGCCAAGGCCUUGUGUCAGCGUGCUGAGCAAAUCGAUGCCGCCGUGGAAGGACGCGGAAAACUGUGCGGCAAACUCCGCGCCGAGCUGCGCUUCCUGCGCCGCGUGGAAGGCGGCCAGCUGCCCUUCAAAGAGUGCCACCUGCACAGCACCAACCUGACCCACCUGACCGCCGUGCUGGAGUCGGCCGAGAGCCUGGAGGGAGUGGUUGCCGUGCUGCACGUCGUCUCCUACCAGGACGCCGCCGGCGACAAGCAGACGCUGGUAGUGGACGUGGUGGCCAACGGCGGGCACACGUGGGUCAAGGCGGUGGGCAGGAAGGCCGAGGCCCUGCACAACAUCUGGCAGGGGCGCGGCCAGUACGGCGCCAAGAGCCUCGUACGGCAGGCCGAGGACUUUGUGCUCGCCAGCCGCCAGCGGCCCGUCCAGUACGUCCACCCGCAUGUAGUCUUCGCCUUCUACAACGGUGUGUCCAGCCCGAUGGCGCGACGCCUGGAGGAAAUGGACGUUGCCGUCCGCGGGGACAUCGUGGCUGUCAACGCUGUGCCGGCAGGGGACGGCGGCGGCGAGGAAGAGGAGGGAGACGAGGAUGACGAGGGGGAGGGGGAGGAGGAGCCCGAGCCGACCCGCGUGGACCGCGACACGGUGCUGGCCAGGCUGGCGUUCCCCGCGCAGGUCCGCGCCGAGGAGUGUGGCCGCGUCAACCUGGACAUCACCACGCUCAUCGCGUACGUGUCGUCGCUGAGCCACGGCCGCUGCCACCUGGCCUUCCGUGAGCCCGUCCUGACCGAGCAGGCGGCUCAGGAGCGUCGCCAGCAGGUGCUGCCGCUCCUGGAUGCCUUCAUGGCAGACAAGGAGCUGUAUGCCUGCCGGGCCGCCGUCCGUGACUUUCAGCUCAUCCUGGACACGCUGGGCGGGCCCGGCGAGAAGGAGCGUGCCCGCCAGCUACUGGCCCGCCUGCGCCUGGUAGACGACCGGCCGUCGGAGCGAGCCCUGGCGCUCGCGCCCAGCGCCAAAGUCAACCGCCGCUCGCUCUUGAUCUUCGGCACCGGCGACUCGCUGCGGGCCAUCACCAUGACGGCCAACAGCCGCUUCGUCAGGGCGGCGGCCAAUCAGGGCGUCCGAUUCAGCGUCUUCGUGCACCAGCCGCGAGCGCUCACAGAGGGGAAAGAGUGGAGGGCCACGCCUGUCCAAAGUUAAACGUUUAUUUUCACCGCAUACGGGAACAUUUUCAGUAGUUUUUUUCUGCACAAAUAAAGCAUCCGAGGCACUUCC